UUGACGGGUGUCUCUGCACUUGUACACCCGUCGUUCAUUUACAACAAGAAUUAUAAAAAAUUACAUGUGUGUGUGUUAAUCACAGAUCACGGCUGUCCACCAAACAUCAAUAAGAAUUUUAUCAAUAUAUUUUUACACAAAUAAUACUACAAAAAUUGCAAUGAAUAAUAAUAAUAAUAUGUGUGUCAUUUUGUAUGUGUGUAUGUUUUAUUCUCAAAACAAUUUUAAAAGCUGAGUGUGCAAAAUAAUAAUAAUAAUAAUUUGCAAUUGGAGCAAAGAUUACUUCAUAGAAAUACUGUAAUAAUGGCAAGCAAAAUUGACGAUUCAUUGUCAAUUGACAAUGUAACUGAUGCUGGAAGUAUGGACAAAGAAAUGCUGACAAUAAAUGGCAUUGAUAAUACAAACAAUCAUCGUGUACCACCAGCCUAUCUUUAUACAACAAAUUCUGAUCAAUGUAGUGAUUUAUCUGAUCACAAUAGACACAGUAAUCAUAUGAGAAAUAAUCCAACAAGUGAUAUACAACUUGGACCAUUACCAACAAAUUGGGAAAAAGCAUAUACUGAUACUGGUGAAAUAUAUUUUAUUGAUCAUAAUACUGGUACAUCACAUUGGCUUGAUCCACGUUUAUCAAAAUUUCAAAAACGUUCACUUGAAGAAUGUCAAGAUGAUGAAUUACCAUAUGGAUGGGAAAAAAUUGAUGAUCAAUUAUAUGGUACAUAUUUUAUUGAUCAUGUUAAUCGUCGUACACAAUAUGAAAAUCCUGUAUUACAAGCUAAAAGAGCACAGUGUCAUUUAAUUGAACGUAAAAGUCCAAAUUUUACACGUAAUCCAAAAAAAUUAAAAGGACAAAGAAUACGUACAACAUUAUUAAAAGGUUCAAGAGGUCUUGGUUUUACAAUUGUCGGUGGUGAUGAUACUGUUGAUGAAUUUUUACAAAUUAAAAGUGUUGCACCAAAUGGACCAGCUUGGCUUGAUGGAAAAUUACAAACAGGUGAUGUAUUGGUAUAUGUAAAUGAUACAUGUGUAUUAGGUUUUACACACAAUGAAAUGGUUAAUGUAUUCAAAUCAAUUGGAAGUGGUGAAACAGUUACAUUGGAAAUAUGUCGUGGUUAUUCAUUACCAUUUGAUCCAAAUGAUCCAAAUAAUGAAGUUGUUACAACAAUUGCUGUAUCUCCACCAGGUGAGAAUAAUGAUGUUAAUCAUAUACAUGAUAAUAUCAAAAAUAUAAUACCUAUUUCAACAGAAACAAUGAUGACUGAUGAACAUCCAAAUUUAUAUAUGGAUCUUGAUAGAAAUAUACAAAAUAAUAAUAGAAGAUUUGGCUUUAUGGAUAAUUCAUUUUUACCAGUACAUUUACAUAAUAAUAAUAUAAAUAAUAAUGUAAAUAAUAAUAAUCAUGUUGAUAAUUUAACAACAACAUCUGUUAAUUCAAUGCCUGAUCUUUGUAUAUCUGAUAAAAUAAGUACAAUUAAAAGACCAAAUAGUACUGAUAUAUUAUUAUCAGAUAAUACUGAUUUUCAUGAUCAUCAACAACAACAAAAAAUAUUAUCAUCAUCAUUAACAACAACAACAACAACAUCAUCAACAUCAAUAACAAAUAAUUUAUCAACAACUGAAUAUUUUAAUAUAUCAAUUGUAAAAGGUAGUAUGGGUUUUGGUUUUACAAUUGCUGAUUCAUCAUAUGGACAAAAAGUUAAAAAAAUAUUAGAUAGACAACGUUGUAAAAAUUUACUUGAAGGUGAUAUAUUAAUUAGUAUUAAUGAUAUUAAUGUUAAAAAUAUGUGUCAUUUAGAAGUUGUACAAGUACUUAAAGAUUAUUCAACAAAUCAAGAAGCAAUGAUACAUGUACAACGUACAAAUAACAAUAAUAACAACAAUAAUUCAGCUAUAAAUAAUAAUAACAAUACAACAAAUGAUAAUAAAAAUGAUAAACCACAACAACAACAAGAUUUUUAUCGUAGUAAAACACCAACAGCUGAUAUUUAUAGUACUCAAUCUAAAACAAUAAUACCAAGUAGAUCAAAAACACCAUUAAUUGAUACAAGAAAUUGUACAAAAUCAUCAAUUGAUUGUAUUGAAAAAUCCGAUUGGCAGUUGAGUACAAAUGAUACAAGUGAUAAUAUGUGUAAAUAUCAACAAGAAUAUAAUCAUGAAAUGUAUUAUAAUGAUCCAUAUAAAAAUAAUAUAACAAAUAUACCAGAUAAUUUUGGCAGAAUGACACUUGAUGAUAAUUCAUUGAGAAAUCAUAAAAAAUAUGAUUCUAAAAAUGACAUGUAUAGUAUUGAUGAUGUACGUUAUGAACAACAAAUGAUUAAACAAGAUGAUAAUAUACAUAAUGAUAUUUAUAAAGAUAUUUAUUCAACUAAAAUACAAUCACAAGAUUAUGCAACUUAUGGAAUGACACAAGAACAAAAUAUUGAUACAAAUGAAAUUUGGAAUAAACAAAAAGAAACAACUAGUUUUGAACAUGAACAACCACAUUCAAGUUCAUUUACAAGAUAUCAUCAAUAUGGUGCAGAAAUGGUUUGUCCAACAAUUCCAGAUUUUGAAUGGAUUGAAACACUUGUUACUUUAAUGAGACAAAAUACUGGAUUUGGAUUUAGAAUUGUUGGUGGUACUGAAGAAAGAUCUCAGCAGGUUUCAGUUGGUCUUAUUGUACCAGGAGGAGCUGCUGAUAUUGAUAAUAGAUUAAAUACUGGUGAUUUAAUAAUGUCAGUUGAUGGUGAAAGUGUUAUGAAUUCAUCACAUCAUCAUGUUGUACAAUUAAUGAUUGCUGCUGCUCAAAAUGGACAAGUUACACUUGGUAUACGUAGACGUAUUAAUGCACAAGAUCAUCAUCAUAAUAAUCAUCAUCAAGAUAAUCAUUUAUCAUCAUAUAAUAGACAAUUAAAUCAAAUGAAUAUACAAUAUCCAUAUGAUGUAACUGUUACAAGAAUGGAAAAUGAAGGUUUUGGAUUUGUAAUAAUAUCAUCAGUUAAUAAAGCUGGUUCAACAAUUGGUAGAAUAAUUGAAGGUUCACCUGCUGAAAGAUGUGCAAGACUUAAUGUUGGUGAUCAUAUACUUGCUGUUAAUCAUGUUGAUAUAACAAAUGUUUGUCAUAAAGAUAUUGUUAAUUUAAUUAAAGAUUCUGGUUAUUCUGUAACAUUAACUAUUGGUUAUCCAAUUGAUGACUGUAGUAGUACCACGUCAAUGUCACAAAAGGAUGAAUCAACUGGUGAUGGUGAUGGAGGACAAUAUCAUGCUGUUGAAUUAACUCGUGGUACUCGAGGAUUUGGUUUUAGUAUACGUGGUGGUCGUGAAUUUGAAUAUAUGCCACUUUUUGUACUUAAUAUUGCUGAUAAUGGACCAGCAUCAAUUGACAAUAGACUUCGAAUUGGCGAUCAAAUUAUUGAAAUUAACGGUAUUAAUACAAAAAAUAUGACUCAUGCUGAAGCUAUUGCUAUAAUCCGUAAUGGUGGACCAUCUGUGAGACUUUUAGUUCGACGUGGAUGCCAAAUGCCAAGGGCGAGUGAUUCAAUAAUCGAUGAUGACACCAGUGAGAAUACACAAAAUAAUUCGAAACGUAAUUCAUUAAUUUGUUGCUGUAACUCGGAAGAAAAAAAAAAUAUCAAUCAUGAAAUUGUUUACGAUUAAAAUUAAAGUAUAAAAUUAAAUAAAGAUA